UUUUUCUGAAUGACAAUUUUACCCUCUUCACCUUUUAUUUUGUUGAGCCUCAGGUUGGCCAUUUUCGUAAUAUAAAGCGGAUACACCGUCUGCAGCGGUGAAGGAGUUUAAUUUUCAGUUGCCUCUCUGCGUUCCAAGAAAACUCCGACAUAGUGUCUGAAAGCUAAAGGAGUAGAAAACAAUAAUACUAAUAAUAAUAAUAAUACUAUAAUUUUAAUUGUAGAAAACUAGAGAUAAAAAAUAACUUAGAAGGCGAGAAAAAUGAAGAAGUGCGAGCUAUGCAAGUUAUCGGCGAGGAGCUACUGCGAAUCGGACGAGGCCUGCCUCUGUUGGGAUUGCGAUGCUAGAGUUCAUGGAGCCAACUUUCUGGUCGCUAGACAUACGCGCAACCUCCUCUGCCAGACCUGUCAAUCUAUCACUCCUUGGAAAGCUACCGGUGUUAAACUUGGCCGCACUGUUUCCAUCUGUGAUAGAUGUGCAAAUGGAGCUAAUCGUAAAGAAGAAGAAGAAUCUGAGGAGGCUAAUAAUGAUGAUGUAAGCACUGAGGACGAUGAUGAUCUUUCCACCGGCGAUAAGGAGGAGAACGAGGGGGAUACUGAUAAUCAGGUGGUUCCGUGGUCGUCUACAACGCCGCCUCUGGCCACCAGUUCUUCCUCUUCUUCUGCUUCUAGUAGCCAAGUGAGUGUGAGUAGAUUCACUCGCAGAGUCUUUUGUGAAUCUGUGAACGUGAAAUCUUUGAAACGGACGCGUGAGAGUUCUACAGAUCUUCGGUCUACGUUUCCGGUUUCUGCAAUCGAUGCCAACCACUCUUCUUCUCAACGGAGGUACGGUCGACCAGCGUUGACAACUCAGGCGAGUGGCGGGGGCGGUGACGGAGAAGCCAUUUCUGUUGACUACUCCUUGUCCUUGAGGCCUAUGAAAGACCGUAGAACUGAAACGGAGUACUCCUUUCAGGCCGGUUCGGGAUCUGUGGCGCAGUAACGGGAAAUCGAACGAAGAAUCCGAAGCCGUCGAUGCUGAUUCGUCAUGUAAUCCUAGCCGAACGAUUUGAGGUAAUUUUGGCUCGGCCUUUCCUAACAAAUGUCUAUAGUAGAGUUUUCGUUUGACCAUUAUUCAGUUAUGUAUUAAAAUUACUAUUUAGUGAGGUUUCUUCUGUUAAAAUAGCGUAUGUAACAAGGACUUUUGUUCUUAAUUUUAUAUAUAUUAAAAUAAUAAUAUAUACAUGAUAUCCAUUUUUGUUUAA